AUGAUGCUCCAUCUGCCUGUUGAGCUGAUCCAGCUCGUGCUCAGCUCCUGUGAUACCACUGCCUUCUUCCAGGUAGCGUAUGCCUGCCGCACUCUGCUUGAGAUAGCGUCCAGCAGCCGUGAAGCCAUCCUAUAUCAUCUCCACCACACUCCUGGUGAGACUGGUGACACCCAGAGCCUCACAACAAAGGGACUUUUCGACCUGCUAAUGCACCGGGCACAUCGGCAACUGUAUGGCGCAGAAUUCUAUGCCGACAUCAGAAUCUUCACCGUCCAGGGUCUCCAGAUAGAGCCGCGAGCAUGCUCAUUGAACUUUCUCAACCGAGGCCAAGUGAUACUGGUUUUCAAACAACAUGCACACGCCUACUAUUACUAUGUUCGACACGGCAAUCUGGGCUAUCGACGGCGAUUUGAAUCACCUAGAGAAAAGGAGGGAGCAAUUCAAGUUCUUCAAACGUCAUUUGAUGACAAUGCAAUCCAUGUUCUACACCGAUUCAAGCCCUUUGUCAACCAGGAAGAUCGAGAGUCCAACCACCCAUUUGUGAAACAGGCCCUACACUCCAACGGGGGUCUCUUUAUGGCCAUCCAUGUCUUGGAUUCUCCCGUUGUCCACAUCUGCGCUUUCCCUGACCAUGAUGACUAUGAGCCUAAGGCUCUGCAUGGCUACCGCAGUGGGUUUGCGGUUUCCUGGCAGCAUACAAAAAAGGAAGAUGUCCAUGAAGUUGUCCACUACGACACGAGUGACUCCAUCAAACUCCCUACACCUACUCUCCCUGACGAUGCCCCAGUAAUUAGGACCGUCGAUGCCUCGUACGAUCCCUGUAUUGUCAUAGGGUCUGACACAAUUGGUGAAAGAGCUGCAGGAAUGGAGAAUCCAGGACCUGUGGUGAGGCUGACAAUCAAUGACGGUUCUCAAUUGCUGUACCAUUACCGCGCCCAGACCUUGUAUGGUGGUUUCCAGAACAUUGACGAUCUUCCAUCCUUCGACCAGCCUAAGCCCAAGCUAUACAAGAACUCAUGCAGCGUGGCAUACUCAUCCGCCCUCUCUCUUCAGUUUGCAAUUGACAUCCCAUUCUAUGCGACUCAUGAACAGGGUGAUGCAAAUCAGGGAACUCUCUGCCACUGGCAAUAUCUGGCUUUCGGGAUCGCCACUCAUCGGGUCCAAAACUGGACCGUGGCCUGUGUUCUCAAGUCUGAGUCUUACUGCCGGGCCCAGAAUUGUACCCAUGCGCUGAAUUAUGACCGUGGCAGGCGAUUUGAUGAGUGGACGGUGGUGGCACGGCUGAUAGGGUUUCAGCAGGCAGAUGUUUCGCAUGGAUCCCAGGUGGCGGCCUCGAGUUGCGGCACGCGCAUUGCUGUCGCAACCUGGAAAACACUGUACAUUUGGGCCCUCGAGCCUAAUGCUCUGGUGGAUGCUGAGGAUCGCAUUUAUCCUUGUUCAUGGAAAGAUCCCGACUCCGGAGCGAUUGAAGUAUCACCCGUGAUCCUUGAUCUCGAUGCUGUGUGCUACCAGCUGCGCUUCGGCGACCGGCAAAAUGAGUUAAUUGUUAUCUCUGACCGGGGACUCAUAGUCGUGGAUGCUGGUCGCAAGGGCAGAGGAGUUCGAAGCAUGCACACCCUGCCAUAUCCGAGCCGUGAAUUGAAAGGCGAGGUGUAG